AUGGAGGAGGGCGCCCAGACCCCCGACUGGGACAGCGAUGAGACGGUGAUAGAGGGGUCGGUGACCGACAGCGACCUGGAGGAAGAGGAGCUGCGCUGGAGAAGGUUGCACCUUGAUCAAGAAACGUCUCAUAGAUCUGAGUUCAGUCUUCAUUCUGGUAUGUGUAAAGAUGCUCCUUCUCCAGAAAUUCAAGUUAAAUUCAAACUCAAAAAAGAUCCACAAAAACAAAUGAGUGAAAACAAGAUGAUGUCUGUUCAUAGUGAGGAUGCAGUGUUACAGCAAACUCAAGACAAAAUGGAACAAAAUCAAGGUCUGUUACAGACUACGAAAUGCCCACAGCUCACUGUGUCAUUUUCCCAGCCAGAAUUUUCACUGAACCAUCAAAGCAUUCAAGGGCCAGAGGCUGAAAACUCUGAAGGUUUGAUACACACAGAAAAGGAACUAAGUGAAGACAAAGAGUCGCCUGAAAUUAGUCUUCUUUCCGGUACAGUUGUCACAGUAUCUGAUAAGACUACUGUAAAGCAAAAAUUGCUAAAGGAGCCAGAGAAGAUCUUAGGAGCACCAAAUACAUUUGCUGAGCCUAGAAAUGAAGUCAUAUUGGCUAAAACUUCUGAAGAAACCAGGGAUGAAGAAAGCUCACUUGAAACUUUUGUGUCUGCCAUAGAAAGGUUAUUGCCAUCACCAGUAGUUACCCAGGAGGAAAGACUAUUUGAUAUCAUGAGUGACUUUGAGCCUAAAGAGUUGAUGAACACACUGAGCAGAUCUUCAAGUUCCAUAUCAAUACCCUUGACAUGUCAUGGAGAUUUGCUAGAAAACACAAAUGAUGAUGCAUUGCCAUAUGAGCUGUUAGCAGCUCUAAACAUGUUGUCAGAAGCCAAGGUAGAACCCAUCUGUCACAGAAAAGAGGGAGGCAACAUUCUCAAUACUGGGGAUGAAUAUGUAGAGCUGGAGCCCAAUACGUUUCAAACUGAUGAAGGCUGUAUACAAAAAGCAGAGACUGUAGAAGAUCCAGAUACAUUUGGAUUACAAACUGUGAUUCAUCAGAGUGUCACCACUUGUGAUCCACUGUAUAAUAAGAGAAAUUCAACUCCAGUAGAAAAUAGCUCUGACAAGGACACUGGUGUGUUACGAAGAUCAUCUAGACUGAAAACAAGCAGAAAUGCAGAUUGCAUGUAUACAGUAUCAGAAGAGAUUUUACCAAAAAUUCUCAACUAUAAGGAUGAAACCAAUAACUCUUCUGCUGAGAAUUUCAGAAUGCAUGAUUCUACUAUACUGAUCGAAGGGAAAGAAACAAAUAAACAUUCAUCCAGAUUGAAGAGUGGAGAACUGAUCAGGAAAAACAAAAAAAAUUCAGAAAAAUAUGAAAAAAUGAAGAUAAAUAAUAUAACUCUUUCUAGCAUUAACCGGAGAAAUAUUUUUGGAGAGAAUCUGCUAUAUAAGGCAUCUCUGCAUAAUGACACUUACUUAGUUCGUCAUUGUAUUAAAAAAGGUGGAAAUGUUAAUCAACGAAGUUAUGCUGGUUGGACAGCACUUCAUGAAGCCAGUGUAAAAGGAUUUUAUCAGACUGCAAGUGAACUACUAAAAGGUGGAGCAGAUGUAAAUAUCAAAGGAAUGUACCAGAUCACGCCCCUACAUGAUGCUGUGAUGAAUGGACAUUAUAAGGUGGCAGAAUUACUUCUUUUGAAUGGAGCUGAUCCAUUACUUAGAAGUGAUAAUGGAAAGUGUGCUUUGGAUGAAGCCAAAGAUUCAUGUAUGAAGCGUCUCCUAGAGAGAUAUGUUCCUAAACAUCUUAAAUCAGCUCAAAAGAAGAGCACUGAUCCACUAGAAGUAGAGGAUACAUACCAGCACAAGAAACCAAAGCUCAGUUCUAAAAAUUGCAUUGAGUUUAUUUGUGAUGAACAUUCCAACAGACAGAAACCAGAACAUGUUAAAGUUGAUAAAGGAAGCAGAGAGAGUUUAUUUAUAAGAAAAGAAGACAUAUAUGAACAUUACCAAAAUGAUUCCAGAAAUAUAAGACUUGGUAAAUCCAAACAUAAGCAAUCAACUCUUACCCAGAAAUACCCAACAGGACUCAGAAAGCACAAUCGUAAAGUCAAAGAUCCCAGCACAAAUGUAUCUACAGAUGAAGGGAGAAGAAACGUACAACACGAAAGGACUCAAGUAGAUGAUGCAGUCCAACAGAGCAAUCCAAGAAAAAAUAGAGCUGUCUCUUCUUCUAGUGCAUCAGCAACAUAUUCUGAUCAGCAGCAUAUUCUUCAAACCCUCAAUGACCUUCCAGAAGAAUCAUGCACACCUUCUAGCUCAGUUAUGUUAAACCUGAAAAAUGGGUUAGGUAACAAUAUUGAGGUUUGUUCACUUUCCAAAAAGAAAUGUACUCAGAGCCUGAAUUUGUCAGAUAGUCAAGAAAUAAAGUUCUUGGAAUUAGGAUCCAUUGACCAAGCUGAAGCCAUUUCUUUCUCAGGACUCUCUUCACAUAAAGGCAUUGACUUACCACUAAUUAAUACAGAACAACAGCCUCACACUCACAAAGGACAAAAGCCAGUUAACCCUUAUAAAGCUUAUGAAAACAGUAAUUUAGGUCAAAAAGAUGAGAGCCUUAGUAAGAGGGAAGACUCUUGCCCAUCUUUCAUAAAGGAAAAAUUUAAUGAUGACAAUGGUGAUUGCUGUACCUCUGAGGAAACUGAAACAUCUAAAAAGGUGAUAAAUUCCACAGGUUACAAAAAACACUAUAAUCAUAAAGAGAAUAUAACAAAUAAAGAGAAAAUGGAUUUUCAGCAGCUUUUACUUUUUGAAGACCAUUUUUCACAGGAAAAUGAGUUUAAAUCAGCUAGCCUAACCAAACUCCCACAACAGGAAGCUGUUAGUUUUUCUGAUCCAGAUAAUACAAUAGUUUCUGAAGAACAUGUUGCAAAUUAUGAACAAUACAUGAAUGGAACUUCUUUUGAUCACUCAAAUGGCAAUCCUGAGCAUACUUCCUUCACUUGUACAAAAAUAAAAAUACUUUCAACACCUGAAGUUUCAAAGUUGACUAGUCAUGUGGAGCUAUUCACAAGGGCUGAGGGUUCUAGUCCCAGAGCACCAACUCCUUUAAUGAAUGAAGGAGAUACACAUAUUGCGGAGAAGAUGAAUAAAAAAGAAAAAACUAAAAGGUAUGACACUGACAAAGGCCAGAAAACAAGUUCUUCAAUUAGGGCAUUAUCCACAGUUGUUUCUCAAGUAACAGAAUCAGCUGAAGUUGAAAAAGAGGAACAAGACCUUCCAGAUAACAACACCACACACAAUAGAGAUUUUCAUUUUACUGACAGCCUGGAUAAAAAAUUGACCAACAUCUCACAGCGUAGUCAAAGAGAAGAGAAGGGAAUUUCUCAAAAACCAGUAAACAAGGUUGGAAUCAAUAAGAGGAAUGCCCAAGGGGAGAGCAGACUUCAUUUAGCUGCUAAAAGAGGAAAUUUGUCUCUGGUGAAAGUUCUGAUAGAAUCUGGAGCAGAUGUGAAUCUAAAAGAUAAUGCAGGUUGGACACCACUUCAUGAGGCAUCUAGUGAGGGAUCCAAUGAUAUAAUUUUAGAGUUGCUAAAAGCUGGUGCUAAUGUUAAUUGUGAAAAUCUAGAUGGGAUUCUGCCUUUACAUGAUGCUGUUGCAAACAAUCAUCUAAAGACAGCUGAGAUUCUACUACAGCAUGGAGCAAACCCUAAUCAAAAAGAUCAAAACCAAAAAACUGCUUUGGAUGAAGCUGAUGAUGUGAAGAUGGAAGAGUUGCUGAAAUCUUUUGGUGCUAUAGAAACUGAUAAUAGAGAUGAAAAUAAUGCUGUCGUUACUGAAAAAAUUCCUGCUGUUCGGUCAAAAAGACAUAAGCAGUGUUUUUGUGAUGAUUGCAAAACUGUUGAUCUGUCUUCUCUUGCACACCAAAAAAAGCCAAGAGAAAGCCAUCCUGUGCAUCAGACCAUCAGUGCCAUUCUGCAAGAUGUAGAAGAAAAGCAAGAAAAAUUACUACAGUUUGAAAUAAGAACCCCUGAAGAUGCAGAACAAUACCUUGAAAAGAUGUUAGAGAUAAAGGAAGUUGUGAACAGCAUACUUGCUAAACAGAAGGCAGAGAGAGAUGACCUGGCUAAAAAAUACAGGGUAUCCAUAGAAUCAUUUAAGCAUGGAGUCCUGAGAGAACAACUGUCUAAUCUGGCCAUGAGACAGAAGAGUCUUUUAGUUGUUGCCAAGAAUCAGAAAAAAAUAAGUCUGAAAAUUCAAAACUAUAAGAAUAUUACAUCACUGUCUAGACUUAAUUUGAGGAAGCUGCCAUCCAGCUCAGAAAUGUCGAGUGAAAAUGCCAUUCAAGAGCUUACUAGUCUGGAAAAUUCAAUGCAGCCUCAAUCAUGUUCACUUUCUCCCAUCAACCUUGUUCAUGAAAACAUUCAAGAAACACAGUUGUCUCUGGAAAUAAAGAAUGGCAGCCAGAAUACCAGCACUCGUAUAAAUGUGGAAACGGUGAGGACAGACUUUUCUGGAAACGAGUUAAAUUCUAAACAAGAUGUCAGUAACUGUACCUUGGGUGGAUUAUCAAGAUCCAGACAGUCAGAUGGUACUAAAAAGAUCAAAUUAUCUAAAAAGAUUAAAUUAUCAUCCCAACCUGUUGAUUUUACUGCUCAAGCAGAAUAUUCACAAAACAAAAUUACAGAAACUACAGCCAAAGAGCAUGAAUCCUGUAGUCUUUCAUCAGUAACCGGCACUUUAAAUAAUUCAGAAACCACAAGCCUACUUGCCCUAAAUGACCAUUCACCAACUGUUAUUUGUAAUCAGGCUUUUUCCAACUGUGGCCCUAAAAGAAUGAAUAGGAAAACAACUUCCCAGCAACUAUCAAGGGGGACAUCAGAACGCUUGGCACAUCAAAUGAUUGCUGUCUUACCUCGCGAUACUGAGCAUCCACUCAAACCACAUUCUAAAAAGUCAGCUGUUGCUGUUCCACAUACAAAUGACAGCCAGAACUGCUGCUCCUCAGAGUCUGGCCAUCAAUAUGCUGUAAACAAAUCUUUGAGCUAUAGCACAGUACCCAAAAAGAAACGUAUGCAGAUAAAGGAUCUGAUAAUACUAGGAAGAAUUAAUCCAGGAAAUAAUGUUCUGGAAUUCAAAGCACAGGGAACUACCCACAAAGCCAGUAUUUUAUUGAAUGGCAAAAUUAAGGUAGAAAAUGGUCAGAUAUAUCAAAAUCCCGUCACCUGGCUCAAGGGUCUCCUAGGAGGCAAUCGUUGUGUGACCUGGAACUAUGCUUGGAGUAAGGUAACAUAUCUUGGGAAGGAGCUUUUAAAGUAUGCUUCUGAGGAGACACCUACAUCUACAGAACCAAACUUGGUAUCUCAGCAAGAUCAGCCUUGCCUUCCAGGUAUGCCUUAUGUAGAUGAUCCAGUACAGGAACCAAGCAACUAGAUGUUGGAAAAAUGAAAUGAAUAAACUUCUGGAGAGUCAAUGCAAAGCAUCCCACAUUAUCUGCAAAUAAAUGAAAUACUGUUAAUCAAUGAUCAAGAAUUUCUCCCAUGCCAUGUCAUGGAUCAGCACUGGAAGUUCUAUGUGGAAUGUGAGGAGUUAACAUUCUAA